AUGGACCACGACUCCACCCCCGAACCCAAGCACCGCAUGGACGGCGGCCUGACCGCAUGGCUUCAAGUCCUGGGCAGCUGGCUGAUCUUCGCAAACACCUGGGGUCUCACCAGUUCCUACGGCGUCUUCGAAACCCACUACACCACCGUCCUCCUGGCCGACUACACCCCGUCGGCGAUCGCCUGGAUCGGCUCGGUGCAGCUCUUCCUCAUGAUGGCGAUCGGGCUGCCCGUCGGCUCGAUCAUGGACCGGGGCCAUCUGCGACUGCUGGUGGUCGCUGGCAGCGCCCUGCAGGUGUUGGGCAUGCUGAUGGUCUCGCUGUGCACCGCGUACUGGCAGGUGUUCCUGGCGCAGGGGAUCUGCGUGGGGAUCGGGAGCGGGAUGCUGGUCGUGCCCUCGGUGGCGGUGCUGCCGCUGUACUUCUCGGCGAAGCGCAUGCUGGCGACGGGGAUUGCGGCCACGGGGAGUAGUUUAGCGGGAAUCAUCUACUCAAUCAUGCUCCGCCGACUGAUCGUCAGCAUCGGGUUUCCCUGGGCCGUGCGCGUGCUCGCCUUCAUCAUGCUCGUUGGCUCCAUCACCUGCGCCGCGGUGAUGCGCCUCCGUCCCGGCCAUGCUAAGCGCGCGCCCCUGCAGUGGAGAAAAUUCAUCUCCGAUUCGUGCCUUGUAUCUUUCACCGCCGCAAUGAUGGCCUCAGUCUACAUCCCCUUCUUCUACGUGGAAGACUACGCCCUCGACCUCUCCAUCGACCCAGACACAUCCUUCUACCUGCUCAGCAUCAUGAACGCAACCAGCUUAUUUGGCCGCAUCGGCUCGAACUGGUUAGCUGAUCGAUGGGGCGGCCUCCCCCUCGCCCUGCCCGGUUGCCUAGCCACGUCCCUAAUCCUCUUCUUCUGGCGCUUCGCCACCACCCUGCCCGCCCUGGUGGUCAUCGUCGCGAUCUACGGCCUCGUGUCGGGGAGUAUCGUGUCCCUACCGCCGGCGAUCAUCGCCAAUUUGCCGGGGGAGGUGUCGGAGGUGGGCGCACGGAUCGGGGUGGCGUACACGGUUGCGGCGGUGGGGGCGUUGGUUGGGAAUCCGAUCGCGGGGGCGGCGAGACAAAUCGGGAAGGGGGUCCCCGUACAAGUCGAGUAUCAGGGGACGUGGGUGUUUGGGGCGGCGGUGAUGGCGGUGGCGGCGGGGUUGGUGGGGUGGACUUUGUGGUUGAGGGGGGGUUUUGGAAAUAAAAUACCUAUUUGGAUCGAGUUGCAUAUCAUUACCACUACCACAACCACAACCACAAACACAACAACAACCCACCACAUCUCAAAGUCUACAUACAGUACACACAACAAAAAAAAUGCUAAAAUCAACCCUCCGCCACCUCCCCAAACCCCCCUCCCAAAAUUCAACAAAAGGCGACUCACCACAACCGCCCCUCUUGCCACCCCCAAAACAAAUCCCCAACGCUCCCUCCCAGCAUCCUACUACCGCGGCGGCACCAGCCGCGCCGUCUUCUUCAACGCGACGGACCUGCCCGCCGACGCCUCCACCCACCCCGCCAUCUACCGCGCCGUGCUGGGCAGCCCCGACGCCGCGCACCGGCGCCAACUCGACGGGAUGGGCGGGGGCAUCAGCAGCCUAUCCAAGAUCUGCAUCAUCCGGGCCGGAUCCUCGCACCCGGCCGCGGACGUGGAUUACACGUUCGUGUCGGUCGGGGUGGUCGACGACAAGGUCGAUCUGACGAGUAACUGCGGGAAUAUGAGUGCGGCGGUGGGGCCGUUCGCCGUGGAUGCGGGGUUGGUGCGGGCGCCGCGGGUGAAUGGGGAUCAGGAGGUGACGGUGCGGAUCCAUAAUACCAACACGGGGAAGAUUAUUCAUUCUACCUUCCCGGUGGUGGAGAGUGCAUCGGGGUCGGAAAAGGGGGAAGGGCCGGCGUAUGAGGCGGCGACGAGUGGGGAUUUCGCCAUCGAUGGGGUGGUGGGCACGGCGGCGCGGGUGCAGCUCGAUUUCGUGGAUCCCGCCGGUUCGGUCACGGGCCAGUUGCUCCCGACGGGGAAUGUGGUGGAUGUGUUUGAGGUCGAGGGGGAAGUGGAGGCGACGUGUAUCGAUGUCGCCAACCCGUGUGUCUUUGUCUCCGCGGCGAAGCUCGGGGUCCAGAGCAACCUGACGCCGGAGGAGUUGACGGCCGACGUGGGGUUGUUGGAGAAAUUGGAUCGCAUCCGGAGGUUGGCCGGCGUGAAGAUGGGGAUCGCAGCAUCGCCUGAGGAAGUGCCCGGAAGCAUUCCCAAGAUCGCUCUGGUCGCUGCCCCCGGGGAGGAUGCGCGCUCGGUCGCCAAGGGUCAGACGCCGCAGAAGGUCGAUCUGGUGGCCAGAGCGCUCUCCGUGGGCCAGCCCCAUAAGGCACUGCCCAUCACGGUGGCCUUGUCCCUGGCAACCGCGGCGAGGGUGGAAGGGAGCACCGUGUCGCAGGUUGUGCAACGGGGACAGACGGUCAAUGCUGCCGGGAUCACUAUUGGACAUGCCAGUGGAAACAUGUUGGUGGGGGCUGAGUUCGCCGAGGAUGGCAGUCUGCAAUCUGGUCGCGUGUUUUCAACCGCGCGGAGGCUGUUUGAGGGAAGAGUGUUCUGGAAAGAUGAGUAA